AUGAGGCUUGCUGACGACUACCGCUUACCCGAUCGCCGCCAUGCUGAUGCCAUCCUCGACAAGCUUAAUUACGGUCUGGCUCGUGAGCUUAUAGCCAACAAAUGGCGGCUUAGCCUACCAGAAAAGUUCAAGGGGUACUCAGGACACGAGAAAACACUAUUCCCCGAGGGGCUCACAAUGAAACAAAUGGCGCAAGCAGAGUGUCAAAUGGUGGUCGAUGCCGAGACCCAGUUAUGGUGGAGGUGCUAUACUGUCCGCAAUCGAGAGGGGAAGCCCCAUGUUGCGCCUCUUCAUAUGGCAAGCUUUUGCGAGCGAUUAGCGAUUGAUCUUGCUCCCUAUCAAGAUGUCCACGUCUAUCUGUGUCGCCACCCAGCAUUACCGCUUUCAUUAGUGAGAAUUAUGUUGUUUAUCACUACGAGAGUACGGUCUCGAGCUCGAGGCAUCAUCUUGGCCAUCCCCACCAAUUCUGCCCAUAUUUUUGUCACCAGCGCCAAACAAGUACCGCUGGGACUUACCAAGACCGUGAUCCAGCUGAUACUGCGGUGUCUUCCUCAAAAUUCCGCUGAUGUCAUUAAUGUCGUACCCGAAGAACAAGUAUCGGAAAUGGACUCAUUAGAGUCGAUGACGGUGCAUUUCGCCAACUCGCGGUUUGCUCAGGCUAUGGGAGCAUAUACUGCGUACGCUGAUGGUAAAGUUGACCCCGUCCCGUUAGCUACUCGACCAGACCAUGAGCUGAACCGCCUUGACUUGGGAGAAGCGAAUGCUCAAUUGAAACAGCUUAGUGCUCUUGAAAGAGCCAAUAAUCUCCGGUAUACCGGUACCGCUGAUGGGGUUAUCAAUUCAGAAAUCCCGUUUGAGAUGACGGGUGAUCAGCUCCAAAAACGUCGUCUCCUUAACCUCGACACCAAACGUGAGCGUUACGAUAGCUUAGCGCCGGUACAGAGAGUGCAAUUUGUCAUGGACGAUGCUAUUAAUCUGAAGCCUCUGGGUAUCGUUAUGACGUUCACAGGAUCCGACGUGUUUGGUGGCCUUCAUGAGCUUGCUGAUGAUCCGGAUCUUGGCGUGUUUGACUCGAAACAUGUGCCCGACUUCCUUACUGGGGUUGAAGGCGAUCAUGGUGGACACAUUAAAAAUGGCCGAUUGAAAUUGCAAAAAUAA